GUUUCGCCAUCUGUCUCAUCCUGCUCAAGCACCCUUCCCAACAACGACAACAGUUAUGGCCGAUAACGCUGAGUAUAAGGAAGCCUUCGCACUUUUCGACAAGAAAGGCACCGGUGCCGUUCCUCGCGAAGUUCUAGGUGAUCUCGUCCGUGCACUCGGCCAGAACCCGACUCAGUCUGAGGUCGCGGAUAUUGUCGCCAGUGCACCUCGUGAAGUCGAUUACAAGACUUUCUUGACGAUCCUCAACCGGCCAGAUGGAUUCAAGCCUGCUGGUACUCCUGAGGAGUUCAUUCGUGGCUUCCAAGUCUUCGACAAGGAGGGAAAUGGCUUCAUCGGUGCUGGUGAACUGCGGUAUGUCUUGACCCAGCUGGGCGAGAAGAUGUCAGAUGAAGAGGUCGACGAGCUUCUCAAGGGUGUGCAGAUCGGCAACGACGGCAACGUGAACUACGAGUCUUUUGUCCGCACGAUCCUUAGUCAAUGAUCGAUAUCCCCCACAUACAAUCUCAACUCGACGUUUGUGCAUACCAAUAGGCGCAUUACGGGAGGAAAGCGCAUGUAAUACCUGGUCAACUGUCCAGACAGGAGGGAAGAAGGCCGAACCGAUUGUAGCACACUUUUGACGCCCUGUAAUGAUUUCGACGACGUUUGUGGUCUGGAGUUUAUGACAAGUUCAUUAACAUUAAG